AUGGAUAUGUACCAGACCCCAAACAUCAGCAUUCCCACAUUCCCUACUAUGGCAGAGAAUGACACUGCCUGGGACCUAGUCCAUGCCAUCCUCCCACCCUAUAUCUUCACCCUCAGCGUGGUGGGAAUUCUGGGAAAUGCCUUCGUUCUUGGCGUGUUCCUGCUUCAGAGGGCCAGGUGGAGUGUCCCGGAAAUCUACCUGGGCAACCUCGCUCUGGCCGACCUUGUGAUGCUGGCCCUGUUGCCCUUCUGGGGUGUCAGCGUGCUCAACGACUACGACUGGCCGUUUGGGGAAUUCAUGUGCGUCGUGGUCAGCCUCUCCCUGACCACCAACAUGUACACCAGCGUCUUCCUCCUCGCCAUGAUCAGCGUGGACCGCUACCUGGCCCUGGUGCAGACCAUGAAGGCCCGUUGGCUGCGGCGGACGCGCUACGCCAAGGCGGUCUGCGCCGCCCUGUGGGUCCUCGGCGUGGUCGUGUGCGCCCCCGUGCUGCCCCACAGGAAGCUGGAGUACCACCCCGAGUACGGUGUCACGUCCUGCUUCCUGGACUACCCGCACGACUCCUGGAGGGUGGCCCACCACGUGCUCCUCAACCUCAUGGGCUUCGUCCUGCCUUUCCUGGCCAUCUCCUUCUGCAGCGUCAACGUGGUCCGAGCGCUGAGCCGGAGGAGGGACAGCAGCGCGUGCAGCUCGGAGCGGGCGGACAGGAAGGCCACGGUGCUGGUGUACGCCGUCACGCUCUUCUUCUUCGUCUGCUGGGGGCCGUUCCACCUGUUCACCUUCUUGGACGUGCUGUGCGACUUCCGCGUGCUGGAGGUGGCCGAGUGGAGGGAGGUGACGGCCAUCGGGAACCAGUUUGCGGUGUACUUUGCCUUCCUGAACAGCGCUCUCAAUCCGGUGCUGUACGUCUGCACCGGGCAGUACUUCAAGAGGAAACUCAGCGAGAUCUACCGCAGGUACGAGCGCUCCCGGGGAUCGGACGCGACCACGCAGCGCUCAGUCGUGUCCACGCUUCUGCACAAAACGGAUCACAUCAGGCCAGUUGUCUUAUAA